UCAUAGCAUAACAUUUGGUAAUAAUUUCCAGCAUUCCCCACUUUCACGUGAGCCCGACUUAAAAAGUCCAGCUGCUCCGCACUACUGUUAUAGCCUAUUACCACCGCACAAACAACACUCCUAACACUCACUCACACUUCACUCUGCACAACAACAUGUCUCAGUUUUCCACCUCCAAACGCUGAAUAAAAAAAAAGGAAUCACAGAAACAGAGUAUCCACAGCGUAUAGUCCCAAAAUGCAUCUGGAUCAACAUGACCCCAAAACGACAACAAGAGCAACAAAAGUCCUCCCUCUGUUCCUCUACUUGUUCUUCUUCUUCAGCCUCGCCUCUUCGGCUCCUCCCAUGCUCCCCUCCGACGCAGUAUCGUUAGUGUCGUUUAAGCGUGAAGCGGACCAAGACAACAAGCUCCUCUACUCCCUCAACGAAAGCUACGACUACUGCCAGUGGCAGGGCGUGAAGUGCGCGCAGGGCAGAGUGGUCCGCUUUGUGGCCCAGUCCAUGGGCCUGCGCGGCCCAUUCCCACCGCACAGCCUCACGAGCCUGGACCAGCUCCGAGUCCUCAGCCUCCGCAACAACUCCCUCUUCGGGCCCAUCCCCGAUCUAAGCCCACUCGUGAACCUCAAGUCACUCUUCCUCGACCACAACAACUUCUCUGGCUCCUUCCCUCCCUCCCUUAUCUUCCUCCACCGCCUCCUCACUCUCUCCCUCUCCCACAACCGCCUCUCCGGUCCCCUCCCCGUAAACCUCACCCUCCUCGACCGCCUCAUCGCGCUUCGUCUCAACUCCAACCACUUCUCCGGCACGCUUCCUUUCUUCAACCAGACCACCUUAAAAGUCCUCGACCUAUCCUACAACAAUCUCUCCGGCCCUGUGCCGGUCACCCCGACUCUAGCCAAGUUCAACGCAACAACAUCCUUUUCAGGUAACCCCGGUCUCUGCGGGGAGAUUGUUCACAAAGAGUGCGACCCUCGUUCACACUUCUUCGGCCCCGCCACGUCAUCCUCUACCACACCCUUGAGCCAGAGUGAACAAUCUCAGGGUAUUGUAGUUGUUCCUUCUUCUACGACCACAACAAAGCAUGAUAAAAAAACAGGACUUGUUGUCGGGUUUGUCGUCGCGGUUGUUCUUGUCGCUGCUUUCACUCUCACGAUGGUUUCUUUGGUGAGAAAGAAGCAAAAUGGUAAAGCUUUUAGAGCAAAAGGCGUGGUUUUGGAGAGUCCUGAGGUGGAGGGUGGUGGUGGUGUCGUUGUGGUGGAAGGUGAGAGGGAGGUGAAGAUGAGAAAGAUGGAAGAGGCGCACAGGAGCGGGAAGCUGGUGUUCUGCUGCGGGGAGGUGCAGAGUUACACGCUGGAGAUGCUGAUGAGGGCUUCGGCGGAGUUGUUAGGGAGGGGGAGUGUGGGGACCACCUACAAGGCGGUGAUGGAUUCGCGGCUGAUUGUGACGGUGAAGAGGUUGGAUGGGAAAAGUGCGGCGGCGGGGAGUGAUGGGGAAGGGUUUGAGAGGCACAUGGAGGUUGUGGGGAGGCUGAGACACCCCAAUUUGGUGCCUUUGAGGGCUUAUUUUCAGGCCAAGGGUGAGAGGCUUGUUAUUUAUGAUUAUCAGCCCAAUGGCAGCCUCUUCAAUCUCGUUCAUGGUUCAAGAUCAGCGAGGGCAAAACCAUUGCAUUGGACAUCAUGUUUGAAAAUAGCAGAAGAUGUAGCACAUGGACUUGCUUACAUCCAUCAAGUUUCAUCCUUAAUCCAUGGCAACCUAAAAUCCUCUAACGUCCUUCUUGGGAUGGACUUUGAGGCUUGCAUCACGGACUAUUGCUUGGCCUUGUUUGCAGAUUCUUCAUUCUCCGAAGACCCUGAUUCCGCCGCCUACAAAGCACCGGAGGCUCGCAACUCUAGCCGCAGGGCCACUGCUAAGUCUGAUGUGUAUGCUUUUGGGGUGCUUCUAAUAGAGCUUUUGACGGGUAAACACCCUUCCCAGCACCCUUUUCUUGCACCAGCGGACUUGCAAGAUUGGGUUAGAGCGAUGAGGGAUGACGAUGGCAGCGAAGACAACCGGCUGGAGAUGCUCACGGAGGUUGCCAGUAUUUGCAGCGCAACAUCGCCAGAGCAGAGGCCGGCGAUGUGGCAAGUCCUUAAGAUGAUACAGGGAAUUAAGGACAGUGUUACCAUGGAGGAUACUGCACUUACUGGACUCUCAUAGUUUGUGAACUACGUAUGCUGAGAACUAAUCACAGCAAGUACUGUUAAAGUCCUCAAUUCUCUUGUUGAAAAGGAGAGAAAAUUGCUUGUGCAGGAACUUGGAGGGUGAAUACUAAAAUAGGUUAAGCAGUCAUUUUUGCGGGAAUGUCAUGAAUAUUAUACAGUAGAACAUUACUAUCUGCUGUGGCUGGUUAGUGCGGUUUAUUAUUAGUUCAAUAGACACGGUAAGAAUGUAUUUGAGCUUAUUCAUUUUUUCUCUAUUUGUCUCUGACAAGAAAGGGAUGUAUUUGCGGUAUAAAAAAAAAGAGUAAAAAAGGAUGAAUGGGGUCAUUGGGGUCAAGACUUUGGCAGGUAAAGAUGUACACGAGCUUAGUGCAUGUUUGAAUUUCUGAAAAAGCUUAAAAUUACUUUUACUCUUA